UUUCCACUACUGCCAUCUGUCGAUUUCUAUCAAGUGAUUUGAUGACAACAACCAACAAUAGUCUCUCCGAUUGACUGAAAACAGCAUAAACGAAAAACAAAUGAAUAAAAUCACAGUGCUGCCAUCUUGUCGUCGUUUGUAAAUAUUUCUCAAUUUGUUGACUGGCUGACUGUUUUCAAAACAAUGGCAACGAUCAAUGAAAAAAUCAAGAUUCUUGUACUGGGCGAUUCGGGUGUUGGCAAAUCGUCGUUAGUUCAUCUAAUCUGUCAUUCAGAAACGCUGGCGCGCACACGGUGGACAAUUGGCUGUGCGAUCGAUGUAAAACUUUACCGCUAUAAAGAAGGUUCACCACAAGAGAAAACUUGUUUCAUUGAAUUCUGGGAUGUAGGUGGUUCUCGAAGCCACAGUAUUGCGCGUAAAAUAUUCUUCAACUCUUUCCAUGGCAUCAUUCUGGUUCAAGACCUGACUAAUCGUAAAUCCGAGUCGAAUCUGAAAAAUUGGCUCGGUCAAGCACUUGUGGGCACGUACAACAACAAUAAUGACAAAGAACGCUUUUACAGCAAUAGUCUGUCACAGGCGUUGUUUCCAGUUUCGGAUAAUGACGAUUUCGAACACGACAGCGAGUCAUUCGUGGGCCUAAACAUUCCGAUAUUGAUUGUGGCCACCAAACAAGACCUCGUCGCUGCAAAUGUGUCCACCAAAACCAAUCUGGUUGAUCUACUACAUUGCGAUUCUAUACAGUUAAAUUGUCGAAAUCCAAAAAGCUUAUCGCCUGGCACAACAAAUGCUGUGAAAUUAAGUCGUUUUUUGGAUCAUGUAUGUGAUAAACGCCUACAAUCUUGCUCAUCCAUUAAUUUAUCAAACGAUAAGAAUGUCUACCAUAGACAAAGUAGCAGUAGUUCAUCGUCCUAUUAUUAUUAUCCGAAUAAUCCGAAUAACAAUAAUAAAAUGCAUUAAAAACGUU